AUGACUUGCUUGUGGUUCCUAUCUCUUCUUGCUUAUGGACUUACAAUACUGCAGGGGGUGAAUUGUUGGACAUACCAUUAUUCAGACACAAACAUGACCUACAAGGAAGCAGAGCUGUGGUGCAAAAAGAGGUAUACUAACAUGGUUGCCAUUCAGAAUAAGGAGGAAAUCAACUAUCUCAAUAACUUCUUACCCUUCAAUCCGGGUUACUACUGGAUUGGAAUCAGAAAAAUUAAUGAGGUAUGGACCUGGAUUGGAACUAACAAAGAACUGACAGAAGAGGCAAAAAACUGGGCUUCAGGUGAGCCAAAUGGCAAAGGGAACAACGAGGACUGCGUUGAAAUCUACAUCAAAAGAGGAAAGGACGAUGGCAAAUGGAAUGAUGAGCAGUGUGAGAAAAAGAAGGUCGCCUUGUGCUACACAGCUUCUUGCAACCCAUCUCUCUGCAGUGGCCGAGGAGAAUGCAUAGAGACUAUUAACAAUCACACCUGCCGUUGUAACCCUGGAUUCUAUGGGCCUGAAUGUGAAUUUGUUGAGAGUUGUGAUCCACUAAAGAAACCUGAUCAUGGGAGCCUCAAGUGCAACCAUCCAUUGGAGAACUUCAGCUACAACUCAUCCUGCACAGUUCAGUGUGAGGAAGGCUAUGAACUGACUGCAUUGGAAUCUGUAUACUGUACCUCUUCUGGGGUCUGGUCUGCCCCCCUUGCGGCAUGCAAAGCUGUGACCUGUCCUGCCUUAGAAAUGCCUGCUCAUGGUGCUGUGAACUGCUCCCAUCCCUCUGUGGAGCUCACCUGGGGUACCACCUGUGAGUUCACCUGUGAGGAAGGAUUUACCCUGACAGGACCAGCCACACUGCAGUGUGGGUCUUCUGGGGCUUGGGACAGGCAGCAGCCAUCCUGUGCAGCUGUGAGGUGUGAGGCUGUAACCUGGCCAGAAGAAGGCUUUGUGACCUGUGACCACGCUCCUGCAGAUCUCGCCUAUCGCUCACAUUGUGAUUUCCGCUGCAGCGAGGGCUAUGUUCUGGAUGGCCCAUCCAGCAUUGAGUGCACGGCGCAGGGACAGUGGUCAGAGCCAGUGCCAAAAUGCAAAGCUGUGACCUGUCCUGCCUUAGAAAUGCCUGCUCAUGGUGCUGUGAACUGCUCCCAUCCCUCUGUGGAGCUCACCUGGGGUACCACCUGUGAGUUCACCUGUGAGGAAGGAUUUACCCUGACAGGACCAGCCACACUGCAGUGUGGGUCUUCUGGGGCUUGGGACAGGCAGCAGCCAUCCUGUGCAGGUACCUCUCCUUAUCCCUGCUCACCCGAGCACUUGGGGUUGUCAGCAUUGGCAUGUUGA